AUGAUUAGUUGUAAACAUCCAAAACGAAAGUAUAUUAAUUCAAAUGGUGAAGGUGAAAUAUCAACAUGGGAUUUGGUUGAUGAUACCGGUGCUAUCAAUCUUGUUGCAUUCAAUUUAGAUUCAUAUAUAAUGUCGAAUAAACUAGUUGAAGGACAAGCUAAAAUAAUUCCAACAUCUGUCAUCUGCAAAUGGUUAAAAAUAAAAAAUAUUAAAGUUGAUUGGUUUAAUGGAUCACGUACACUUGUUAGUAUGGGAAACACCCGUUUAUCCAUUAUUUGA